CAGUGAUAGAGAGCGAGCCGAACGGGAAUAGUCGAUUCCAAGUAAAUACCGAGCACAGAAAAAAAGGAAUCCUUGAUUCAAGAUACUGUUUUUUUCUGUGAGAGGAAAUAUCUGCGUUAUCGAGAGAUACGCAGAUCAAUUCUCUUUCUUGUGGAGAGAGAGAGAGAGAGAGAGAGAGAGAGAGAGAGAGAGAGAGAGAGAGAACACACGUAUCUCAUUGUUUCUCUAACCGGAAAGAGAUCGGCAAGUGAAGCUUUCGCAGGACAUUUCUUCCGUCCACGACGAGAUGUCCAAAUCUAGUUUCCGCGAAUGUUGGAACGUUUGCGCCUCCAACAUCGCUCGAAGGACACACAAUCCUAUAAGAUCGAUAGUGGAGAACAUCGUCGUAGAGCCGAACCCGAACAAGCCGAUGAUCGCCUUAUCUAUUGGUGACCCUACGACUUUUGGCAAUUUGAAGCCGCCAAAAGAGGUGAUCGAGGCUGUUCAAGAGAGUGUAGCUUCGCAAUUGUACAACGGAUAUGCACCGAGCACAGGUUAUCAGAGGGCGCGAGAAGCUGUAGCUGAAUAUAGUUCGAACGAAUUCGUAAAAGUCGAUCCUAAGGACGUAAUCCUGUGUAGUGGAUGUUCUUGCGCGCUUGACUUGUGUAUCACGGUUUUAGCUCGAGAAGGCCAAAACAUCCUAAUCCCACGUCCCGGUUUUUCGAUCUAUCGAACGUUGGCAGAGGGUCUUGGUAUUACGGUUAAAUCAUAUGAGUUACGUCCGGAACUCGGUUGGGAGAUCGAUCUGGACGAUCUGGAGGCGCAAAUCGACGAGUCGACCGCAGCGAUUGUUAUAAACAAUCCUUCGAACCCGUGCGGCUCCGUGUUCAGUCGCGACCAUAUACUUGACAUUCUCGACAUCGCCGCUCGUUAUUACGUACCCAUUAUAGCCGAUGAGAUUUACGAGCACAUGGUAUUUCCAGGACGGACUUUCCACUCGUUAGCGUCUCUAUCGACCGAAGUUCCUAUUUUGUCGUGCAGCGGACUGACUAAAAGAUUUCUGGUUCCAGGAUGGCGUAUGGGAUGGAUAAUAAUCCAUGAUCGUGAGAAUGUACUCGAGACCGAGAUUCGCAAAGGUUUGCAUUGCUUGAGUCAACGGAUAAUUGGUAGUAAUACUAUUAUUCAAGGAGCUUUACCCGCGAUACUUGGUCAAACACCGCAAAAUUUCUUCGACGAUGUUAUCCAUACCUUACACUCGCACUCCAAAUUGGCGUACAGCUGCAUAAUAAAGAUUUCGGGCCUAAAACCAAUAAUGCCGGACGGAGCGAUGUAUAUGAUGGUCUACAUCGAUCUACCAUGUUUUCCGGAAUUUAAUUCCGACCUGGAAUUCGUGCAGCGACUACUAAUGGAAGAAUCCGUGUUCUGCCUACCCGGCCAGUGCUUUGAUUAUCCCUCUUACAUGAGACUGGUAAUCACCGUACCGUACGACAUGCUCGUAGAAGCUUGUCAAAGGAUUCAAGAAUUUUGCGAAAGGCAUCACUACAAAACGGCAGAAAUCAUGGGGAGAAGCAAUUUCGUCAAUGUGGAAAUUUCAUAUUAAAAAGAAAAAUACAUCGUCAAGAAACAUCGAAAAUAUUUGCAUUAACUCGCUGAUUAUUUUUCAGCCUUAGUUUUUGCUCCUGUGCAUAUGUAUAUCUUUAUAUUUCUACAUUUAUUGUAUGUAUAAUAUAUAAAUAUAUCUAUCUCUUAUAAUUACAUACAUCUUUUGUAUCUCUACUUUUUUUGUAAGUAUCUAUUAAUUAUGUAAUAAAUAUUUGAUACGUGUAAUUAAAAUAAUUUUAAUAAAGAUAUCAAAAUCACCUGAAUGUUUAUUGUAAAGCACAUGAAA